AUGAGGGGACGCUCCACUGCCCCUCACGCCCGCCCCCACCAUCCCCAGCACACCCAGCCCACCAACCACAUCCGCAGUCCCACAAGCGACACGGCACACUGCGGGACCCCCACGCUGGCGAACCGCAUCGGGGCCCAAGGAGGAUACCCGGGUAAAAAAGAGAGAGGAAGGCAGAAGCAGGAGAGCGCUAAGCAGCCGCCACAGGACCAGAGCCCCGACCCCCCCUCCACCCCCACAACCGGCUGGCCAGGCGGAGAGGAGCUGGUGGAUGAAGGAGUGACUCACUGGUCAGAUUUGACAGGCGAGUCAUGCCCUCAGCUGACUGUUCACUCUUCCAGGAUGCUGCCAGUACGGUCUGUGUCAGGGAUGUCCAAACCGUACAUCAAGGAUCACUGUGAGUCCUGGUUUUUGUCACUACUGAUCGAGCACAGAGAGUUUAACUCAGGGGUGGAGAAGGGUCUGACUGCAGCCGGAGCUAAGCUACAAACCAAGCCUCAUACAAACUACGCCCCUCCAAACCCCGUCUGCUGCUUAAGCGAUGCUGACCCUGUGGUGAACAUGCAUAAGGUGACCCAUCAGGGCAUUAGCGAAGAAUUGUCCAAGACUGUGGUUCUCCCCUGCAUUUUCACCUUGCGCCCUGGAGCAACACCAUCCCACGAGCCGCCUCGCGUCAAGUGGACCAAAGUGUGGGGCCAGCAAAGCUCAGACGGCUUGCAGAGGGAGCAGUCAGUACUAGUGGCCAAAGACAAUGUGGUGAAGGUAAAGAAGGCCUUUCAGGGUCGUGUAUCUCUGCCUGGCUAUAGCAAGAAUCGAUACAAUGCCAGUUUGGCUCUGACGGGCUUGCGGUCCAGCGACUCUGGCCUGUACCGCUGCGAGGUCGUGGUGGGCAUCAACGAUGAGCGAGACACUGUCCCGCUGGAGGUCACAGGCGUGCUUUUUCAUUACCGCGCUCCCCCCGACCGUUACGCCCUGUCCUUCGCCGACGCCAAGAGGGUGUGCAUGGAGAACUCUGCGGCCAUCGCCACGCCGGGUCAGCUGCAGGCCGCCUUUGCCGACGGCUACGAGAAUUGUGACGCCGGGUGGCUAUCGGACCAGACCGUACGGUAUCCCAUCCAGUCUCCUCGGCCAGGUUGCUAUGGCGAUCGUGACGACUCCCCCGGCAUCCGUAACUAUGGCGAUAGGUUCCCGGACGAGCUCUUUGAUGUCUACUGUUUUGCCAAUCGGCUACAUGGUGAAGUGUUUCACUCCACAGUGAAUGAGAAGAUGAAUCUGGCGACUGCCUCCAACCAUUGUCAUUCGCUGGGGGCUCAGCUGGCCACUGUGGGCCAGCUCUACUUGGCGUGGCAGGCCGGCCUGGACCGGUGCGACCCGGGCUGGCUGGCUGAUGGAAGCGUGCGCUACCCCAUUAACGUGCCACGGAAGAACUGUGGUGGGGACGAGCCCGGCGUGCGGACGGUGUACAAUAACCCCAAUCGGACCGGCUUUCCUGAAACCACAGCCAUGUUUGACGCUUACUGCUAUCGAGCCCAAAAGCCAGAAAAUAUCCGAUCUGCAGAGGCCUUCCCUUUCCUCCACACCUCCAUCCCAGCCCCACAAGCUGACUCCCCACUCAGCGAUACUCAACCUGGCCCCCCAUUUCCCAAAACUUCAACAUGGACCGGCUUGGAAGAAGAAGCAGACGCCAACAACUUGUCUGACAUCUCCGACGAGCACGUGGUUAUCCACUUGAGGCCUGAGCAGGGUCGCGACUCCCAACAAGAUGGAGUCCCGACUGGCCAGUCCCACACUGAGGAGCCCAAUGGCCCGAAAAGUAGUAAUGCUCCGGUGGAGCAGGAGAGCCACGGAGGUUCGGCCCAAGAGGAAGAGGAUUCUUCGGACCCCUCGCCAUCAGUGGCCGCCACCACCUCACAGCUUCACACCAGUAAAAGCAUUUUGUCUGACUUUGUCAACACGCUGAUGAAGCCCUUCAAAUACUGGGUUGGAACUGAGAAAGGAGAACCCUCGAACAGGAACCAGACUUUUAACUCACAAGCUGGUGAAAUCAAAGGUGGCGGUGACAAUGCCAUUACACAAUACGGGAGUGGCGCUUAUUCCCCCAGACUCCUCAUUGCCAAUGGAAUACAUAGUGCUGAGGAGGGUCUGUCCAAGCAGGAGAAAGAGGAGGUUCCGCUGUUUCCAUUAAUGCCUGCAGUCCAAAAUGCCGGGAAAAUUGAAUCCACGACACAAACAAAUGGCAAAUUUGCUGAUAAUGGGAUAACGGCACUGGGCCCUGAAGGGAAAUCAAGCCUCAGUGAACAAGUCAAGGUUCCCCAAGGAGGUCCUGCGUGGGCCAUCAAGUCAGCCCAGCGCUUCAGACUUGGGUUUCCCAGGAAUGUUGGUUUACGCCAAACAUGGGAGCCUCAAGAAGCCAAAUCAGGGCCUCUUGAGAUGAUAACCCUACCAGACUCGUUUCACCAAGACGCAGUAGAAGACUAUUCUGGUGAGGGGAGGCACCGGGAUGCAUAUGAGGCAGAAACAACUACAGUGACUGGGACUGAUCAUAAAAAGGAAGUAGAGGGAAGUAGUGAAGGAAACAGUUUUCCUGGGGACUUUCAGAAUACUGUUCCCAGCAGUCCAGAAUCUGAGUCUUCACCUACCCCAACCCAGAGUGAACUUGUGACUGUUGCUGAACACACAUCUUCAUCCCUGUGGCAGCUAAUGGCUCAACCAACAGCCACUACCUCACCUCAAACAGCAGAGGCCAGGGGAGAGAUCAUAUAUGUACACCGGCCUGCUGACAACCUCUCUUCUGCUUUUUCUUCUUCUUCUUCACAAAGAGGUGAAAGUGGCUCAACUGGUGGAUUUACUCCUGUUAAGAAGCAAAGGAAAGGCUCGGGUAGAAAGCCUGGCCGCGGUGGAUCCAGAGUUGUCACUUCCACACUUCAGUCCUUGACAGAUGUGCUGACUACCACAGAGAUCACCACGACACAGCCUCAGACAACCAAAGACACCCUUGGGACAGAUCCUCCAACCACAGCAGCCACUACGGAACUUUCCUCUACAAACUCUUCUUUACAGGAAGUGUCCAUUUCUAUCUCAUGGAGGGAAAAGACCGGAAGCCAGCCGGAGGGAAACUUAUCUACGGAAUCAACCACUGUUGCCAGUCAAUUGACAAGUGUUGGGUCAGACUCAAAAGAUGCUGUAACAGAAAUGGAGUCCAGAUUGGCAGUGUCCGAAUCCUUCGUGUUUGGAAGCCAUUGGACACCUUCCAAGGACUCAACUCCAAAGUCAGAGGAACGAAAGCCUCCGGCCGUGACAGGCAACAAAAGUGCAAAAAAUCCAUUCGGAAUCUUGGUACCCAACUGGGCAUUUGGGUUUAUCCCACCAGUUGAGAGCAACCCGUGUCAGACCAACCCGUGUCUCCAUGGAGGGAGCUGUCUGCAGGAGGGCGAUGGUUAUAGCUGCUACUGCCCCCAAGGUUUCUCUGGAGAGAGCUGCGAAAUCGACGUCGAUGACUGCCAGUCGAACCCCUGCCGCAACGGAGGAACUUGCAUCGACGAGAUCAACUCCUUUGUGUGUCUGUGUUUGCCCAGCUACAGCGGCGCAAUGUGCGAGAAAGACACAGAAGGCUGCGAGCACUCAUGGCGAAAGUUCCACGGGCACUGUUACCGCUACUUCAGCCGCCGGCAUACAUGGGAGGACGCCGAGAAGGACUGCAGGGAACACAACGGCCACCUGGCCAGUAUCCACAGCCCGGCCGAGCAGAACUUCGUUGGAGGUAUCAGUCACGACAAUACUUGGAUCGGCUUAAAUGAUCGCACGGUGGAGGACGACUUUCAGUGGACUGACAGGAUGGACUUGCAAUACGAGAACUGGCGCUCAAACCAACCCGACAACUUCUUUGCUGGCGGUGAGGACUGCGUGGUGAUGAUCGCUCACGAGAACAGCAAAUGGAACGAUGUGCCGUGCAACUACAACUUGCCCUACGUUUGCAAGAAGGGAACAGUACUAUGCGGAGCACCUCCUCACGUGGAUAAUGCCUUCCUGGUUGGCCGAACGCGCUCCCGCUACGACAUACACUCUACCGUGCGCUACCAGUGUGCCGACGGCUUUCGGCAGCGCCAUGUCCCGACAGCCAAGUGCCGCGCCAAUGGCAAAUGGGAUGAGCCAAAAAUCAUCUGCACAAAAUCAGCUAAACGCUCCCACCGGUACCGGCGCCACCACCACAAUCACCACCACAAGGGCAGGCGGGAGCGCAGGAAGCACAAGCGACACGGCCACCAAGACGCCGGCAGCCAGAGCCCCGACCAGAGCCUUAAGCUGGGCCACUUCUGA